AUGGCUGAUAAAGAACUCACCCCCGCCGAGGAGGCAGCUGUCCGCGCCAAGGAGGCAGCCGAGCAGGCGGCGCUGCCGUACAAGUGGACGCAGACGAUUGCCGACCUGGACGUGGCGGUGUCGUCGAUCCCGGGCAACCUCAAGGCGCGCGACCUCGUGGUCGAGAUCAAGCGCGACGCCAUCACCGUUGGCAUCAAAGGCCAGCCGCCCGUGGUCACCGGCGCGCUCUUCCGGCCCAUCCUGACGGCCGACUCGACCUGGACGCUCAGCGGCAACGCCGACGGCACCAAGACGAUCGAGGUCCACCUCGACAAGACCAACAAGGCCGAGUGGUGGCCGCACGUCGUCACGUCCGCACCCCAGAUCGACGUCACCCGCAUCCAACCCGAGACGUCCAAGCUGUCGGAUCUCGACGGCGCCACCCGUGGCAUGGUCGAGAAGAUGAUGUACGACCAGCGCCAGAAGGAGCAGGGCAAGCCCACGUCUGACGAGCAGAAGAAGCUCGACAUCCUCAAGAAGUUCCAGGAGCAGCACCCCGAGAUGGACUUUACCAACGCCAAGAUCAGCUAG